CUGUGCCCGUGAGGCCGAGGGCGUUGCAGGAUGCGAGUUUGGUCGAUGGCCAUGGACGCGUCGAUGGCCGCCGAUUGAGGGAGCCUGGAAGUCAGCAGCAGGAGCAGCAGCAGCGUGAUGAGUGCAGAAUGGAGAUGACUGGGUUCACAUGCGGUGGGCGGUAAGAAAGGAAGGAAGGAUUCAGCAACGGAGACAGGCAGGAUCAUCAAGCGGGGGGUGGUGGUGGGGGAGAAAUGGAGAGUGCAGGGAGUGCCGGGCGAGAGUUUGCGGAGGGGUGUAAACUGCAGAUCAAGACCACGCUGGGCGAUCACAUCGAGGGCCAUGUCUUGACUUAUGACAGGAGCACCAACAUUGUGGUCAUUCAGGAAGGAGACAGCGUCGAUGGUCGCCGGAAUUUACGAUUUCUAAAGACGACACUGGUCAAGGAUGUAAAAUUAGUGGGUCAUGUACAGGAUGCUUUUGAUUUGAAAUAUUCACAGACUGAUAUGAAGAGUCUGCGGGACCGUGAAGAAGCUGCUAUAAAGCAAGCAGAGGCAGAGGCUGAAAGGAUUGGUGUGGGAGUUUCCACGGAAGCGCAAGAUAUUUUUGAUGCUCUUUCUAAGACGCUACCGUGUAGGUGGGAUAAGACGACCAUUCUAGUGAUGAAUGAUGUGUUUGUCAAGCACCCCUAUAUACCUGAGAGUGUCAUUGGUGGUGCUCCUGCUGCCAAUGAACGCGUUCGCAAAGUUCUGGAAGAGGAGAGGAAGCGGUUGCAAAAUCGAGGAGUUGUACUGUGACAUAAUGUUGCUGUGGUUGACCCCCUAGAUCGCCGAAACUUUAGCAAUGGAGGAUUGUAUAGAACAUCUUCCAACUAGUGGGAGCAUCAAGGUGCACAAUUUUUUUAUGUAUUAUCUGCGCAGCCUGUGCCAGUGCAAAAACAGUUCUGUGAAAGAUUGAUUGUGUCAUUCUUGGUAAUUUGAAUCGUCAGGGCUACAGCACCAGCCGCGAUGGCUUUGUUGACCUCAAA